AUGAUGGACGGCCGCCUCCUGGAGCACCCGCAUGCCCAGUUCGGGGGCUCGCUGGGCGGCGUGGUGGGCUUCCCCUACCCGCUGGGCCACCACCACGUGUACGAGCUGGCCGGCCACCAGCUGCAGUCGGCCGCCGCCGCCGCCGCCGCCGCCGCCUCGGUUCCCUUCUCCAUCGACGGCCUGCUCAGCGGCUCGUGCGCCGCCGCCGCCGCCGCCUCCGUGGUCAACCCCACGCCGCUGCUGCCGGCCGCCUGCGGGGUAGGAGGCGACAGCCAGCCCUUCAAGCUGUCAGACUCGGGGGACCCCGACAAGGAGAGCCCGGGCUGUAAGCGGCGGCGCACCCGCACCAACUUCACCGGCUGGCAGCUGGAGGAGCUGGAGAAGGCGUUCAACGAGAGCCACUAUCCCGACGUGUUCAUGCGCGAGGCGCUGGCGCUGCGCCUGGACCUGGUCGAGUCCCGAGUGCAGGUCUGGUUCCAAAACCGCCGGGCCAAGUGGAGGAAGAAGGAGAACACGAAGAAGGGCCCGGGGCGGCCGGCUCAUAACUCACACCCCACCACGUGCAGUGGCGAGCCGAUGGACCCGGAGGAGAUCGCGCGCAAAGAACUGGAGAAGAUGGAGAAGAAGAAGCGCAAGCACGAGAAGAAGCUGCUCAAGAGCCAGAGCCGCCACCUGCACUCGCCAGGCGGCUUGUCCCUGCACAGCGCCCCCAGCUCGGACAGCGACAGCGGCGGCGGCGGCCUGUCCCCCGAGCCGCCCGAGCCGCCGCCUCCUGCGGCCGCCGCCAAGGGCCCUAGCGCGCACGCCGCCGGCGCCGCGGGUUCCGCGCCCGCACCGCCCGGCGAACCACCCGCGCCCGGCACCUGCGACCCCGCCUUUUACCCGAGCCAAAGAAGCGGCGCAGGCCCGCAGCUGCGGCCAGGCCGCCCCGCGGACAAGGACGCCGCCCCGUGUGCGCCUGGGGCGGCGGCGGAACGCGGCGCCGCCGGCCUGCCGAAGGCCAGCCCGUUCAGCGUGGAGAGUCUGCUGUCCGACUCGCCGCCGCGCCGGAAAGCCGCCCCCGCCAACGCCGCCGCCGCCGCCGCCGCCGCCGCCGCGGCCGCCGCCGGGCUGGACUUUGCGCCCGGGCUGCCGUGCGCGCCGCGGACCCUCAUUGGCAAGGGCCACUUCCUGCUCUACCCCAUCACGCAGCCGCUCGGCUUCCUGGUGCCACAGGCCGCGCUCAAGGGCGCAGCGGGUCCGGAGCCGGCGCCCAAGGACGCGCCGCCCGCACCCGCCGCGCCGCCCGCGCCGCCCGCUCAGGCCAGCUUCGGGGCCUUCCCGGGGCCCGGCGGCGCUCCGGACUCGGCCUUCGCGCGCCGCAGCCCCGACGCCGUCGCCUCCCCGGGGGCCCCGACCCCGGCGCCCUUCCGGGACGCGGCCGUGGCUGCGGCCGAGGGCGGCGGCGGCGGCGGGGAGUGCGCGGAUCCGGGGACCGCCGGCCCAGCGGCCCCACUGCCGCCGCCUCUCGCGCCGUCGCCCGGGCCGGGCCCGCGGGCUCCCAGCCCUGCCGGGGAGCCUGCUUUGUGCGGGGCCCCAGAGCCAGGCGCCGAGUCCGGACCCAGCGCGCCGGAGGGCGACGAGGUGGACAUGGACUGAGGGGCGGCCCGCGCCGCUCGCUCAGGCGCGACUCACACAACGAAAUCAGGUGAUCGGCUUAGAAACCCUGCUUUUCCCUCUUUCUUCUGUUUUCUUCCUUUUAUGGUUAUUUUUUAAAGAAAACCGCCGUUUCGAUUCGGACCUAGGCAGCAACCGCAGGACUCGGGGUGAGACCCUCUUCCUCUCGGGGGAGCAAAACAACAACAAGCGAACAACCCCCACAAAAACCCACAACAAGAAUCCUCAGCCUUGUAAAAUGCAAAAAUGUCUAAGAAUAUUUAUAU